AUGAGUGGCAGUGGCCUGAGUCAAAGUGAACUUCAAGAAAUUAAUGAUUCAUUUCAUUCUUUCGAUUUAAAUAGAGAUGGUUCUAUAACUCCAGAUGAAAUAAAACAAUGUUUAAGACGCGCAAAUGUUACAGCUCUAGAUGCUGUAAUUGAUCGUGUUAUAAAAACUGGGAAGUACUUGAUGGAUAAUCAUAUGGAUAGCAAUCGUGAUGGUCGAAUAUCCUAUGAUGAAUAUUUAAAAUUCAUGACAACUGUAUAUCGUGGUACGCAUCAAGAAUUAAAACGACAAGAUUCAGUGUAUGAUAAUUUUCCAUAA